UAGAAAAUACUAUCCAUUCGCCUGAAUCGUUUUUAAAAAUUGAAACUUUUGAUUGAAGUGAAGCUUGGUUGUUGGAGAGAGUAUAUAUUUUUGAUCGACUAAUUAAAAUUUCCAUCUGAAAUAAUCAACAGUUUUUCACGUAAUAUUAUACCACUUUUAAUUAAUAAAUAUUAUACAAGCGUUUGGCUAAAUUAUGACUGAAAACGAAGCUGAGUUAUUGGACUACGAAGAUGAAGAUGAACAGGAAACUACUGUACCUGAAACAGUAGUUGAGACAAAGAAACCAACCGGUGGUUAUGUUUCAAUACAUAGCUCCGGAUUUCGAGAUUUCCUACUGAAACCAGAGCUACUAAGAGCAAUUGUUGAUUGCGGGUUUGAACAUCCAUCUGAAGUGCAACACGAAUGUAUUCCUCAAGCAAUUCUUGGUAUGGAUAUAUUGUGUCAAGCUAAAUCUGGCAUGGGUAAAACUGCAGUUUUUGUUUUGGCAACGUUGCAGCAAUUGGAUCCUGUUGAUAAUCAAGUUUCUGUCUUGGUCAUGUGUCACACAAGAGAGUUAGCUUUCCAAAUAUCCAAGGAGUAUGAACGUUUUUCGAAAUACAUGCCAACAAUCAAAGUGAGCGUCUUCUUUGGUGGAAUGACUAUAACAAAUGAUGAAAAAAUUCUGAAAUCCAACUGUCCCCACAUUGUUGUUGGAACUCCUGGAAGAAUAUUGGCAUUAGUAAAAAGCAAAAAACUUAAUCUCCGUUACAUCAAACAUUUUGUUCUGGAUGAAUGUGAUAAAAUGCUUGAAGCUUUAGACAUGAGAAGAGAUGUUCAAGAAAUCUUCCGCAGCACCCCCCACGAGAAGCAGGUGAUGAUGUUCAGUGCGACGCUGAGUAAAGAAAUUCGUCCCGUCUGCAAGAAGUUCAUGCAAGAUCCGAUGGAAGUGUACGUGGACGAUGAAGCUAAGUUAACCCUUCAUGGACUGCAACAAUAUUACGUGAAGUUAAAGGACAAUGAAAAAAACCGGAAAUUAUUUGAGCUUCUUGAUCUUCUUGAAUUUAACCAGGUGGUAAUCUUUGUUCGAACUGUACCUAGGUGCAUGGCCCUGGCACAACUUCUGGUGGAGCAGAAUUUCCCUGCAAUUGCUAUUCAUCGCGCUAUGACACAAGAAGAUAGGUUAUCCAGGUAUCAGCAGUUUAAAGAUUUCCACAAGCGCAUCCUUGUAGCUACCAAUCUAUUUGGAAGAGGAAUGGAUAUUGAGAGAGUUAAUAUUGUUUUUAACUACGACAUGCCAGAAGAUUCAGAUACUUAUUUGCACAGGGUUGCUCGUGCUGGUCGAUUUGGGACUAAAGGUUUAGCCAUAACUUUUGUUUCUGAUGAAUCAGAUGCCAAAAUACUGAAUGAAGUUCAAGAAAGAUUUGAUGUUAACAUUUCUGAAUUACCUGAAGAAAUUGACAUUUCUUCCUACAUUGAAGGAAGGUAAACGAUCUCUGGACUAUUACUGUGACUGCAUACAGAUACUAUGCACCCCUUUUUUUUUGUUCAUUCAUUCAUCGUUGUUAACAUUUACCACAGAUGUGUAAUAAAUGCUUCAUUUUUAAAAAAUAGUUUUGACUUUUAUUGUAAAUAUUCUAGCAUUUCAAAAUAAAGUUUCUUUUUUCAUCUUUU